AAUUUGCAAGAAUAAGCAUUGCAGAGAAUCACACGUUUCUCUCUUCUACCGCCUGAAAAUUCCAAAGCAGCAGCAUAUAAAUUGUCUUCUUCCGAAAAUAUCUAACUUCCCAUUCUAAAAAUUGAUUGAUUUUUUUUCGAAAUUCGCCUUCUUAGAUCGAUCAUCAAUGGAAGUUUCUAUGAUCUCCGAUACGCUAACGACGGUGGUGACCACUCAAGGCUUAGGUGUUUCAAAGUUUCUGCUGAAUCGCAAUCUCAAUUUCUCAUCAAACAACGUUUUCUCACUCUCCGAUUCCUCAUCGGAGCAGCAAUCACCGUCCACAGCCGGAGUUCGUCAAAUCUCCGCCGUGAUUUGUCCGAUGGAUGCCUUAGCGCCGCCGCCUGUGAAGUACAAUAAGGUCAAAGCCGCACCUCGAAGACUGGCUCGUAAGACUAGGCGGAUUAUACGGAAGUCGUUGAUCGGUGGAGCUGAUGAAGGUGAUGAAAACGGAUUUUUAUUUGACGGAGGUAAUUACGACGGGCCGUUUGGUGGUGGUAGUAGCUGGGGCGGUGGUGGUGGUGGUGGUAGGGGAUGGAAUUUUGAUGGAUUUGGAGGGGCAAAUUGGGAAGAAUCUUCGUCGAACCCGUUUUCGGAUCCGGCUUUUGAUUUUGUCUAUGAGUUGAUGUGUUGGGCUGCGUUGUCGAAUUGCUUGCAUUUUGCGUUCAAGAAAGUGGUGAGAAUUGUGGCUGGUGGAUUCAGUGAUACAGCUAGAGAGAAGGUUGUUCCAGUGAGACUUACAUCUGUCUACUGAAUCAGUAAGCUCAAUUUACUGAGUAAAUUCUGUUGGAGUUGCAAUGUCAUUCCACAAUUCAUAUGUAAAUAGUAGUGUAUAUAUUUAUCAACUCUGAUUAUGAUAGCUUGUUAUACAUAAAGCAAUAUGUGACUAUUCAUAGUUGUUUAUAUGGAAUUAAAACAUCGUCCUCCUUCAACUUUA